AUGAAAUCAAUCGAAUCCAAACAAACUUUAAGUAUUACCAUCCCCACUAGUCUCUAUCAGAAAUUACAGCAAGAAGUCGGAAAGGGAAAAAUCAGUAAAUUUAUCAAAGAAACAGUAGAAGAAAAACUAAUUGAAAAAGAGGAUAAAUUGGUUCAGGAAUACCGCGAAUGCUAUGCUAAUCCUCGUAUGAUAAAAGAAGCUAAACA